AUGCAGCAGGCCGGGGGCGGGGCUCCGAGGCCCGGCAGCUGCGACCCGCUCCCGGGCAGCCUCCGCCGGCCGGACCCCGGCGCCCUCCUGAUGCUGCUCUUGGACGCCGACCGGCCGGAGCCGGUGCGCAGCGGGGUGCGCGAGCUCGCGCUCUUCCUGACGCCCGAGCCGGGGGCCGAGGCGAAGGUGGUGGAGGAGGCUAUCGAAGGGAUGCUCCUCAGGCUGGAAGAGUUUUGCAGCCUGACUGACAUGAUCAGAAGCGACACUUCACAGAUCUUGGAGGAAAACAUCCCACUUCUAAAGGCCAAAGUGACGGAGAUGAGCAGCAUUUAUGCCAAAGUGGACCGGCUAGAGGCCUUUGUCAAGAUGGUUGGGCACCAUGUCUCCUUCCUGGAAGCCCAUGUGCUUCAGGCUGAGCGGGACCACGGGAGCUUCCCACAGGUGCUGCAGCGGUGGCUGGUCUCUGCAGGGCUGUCCUCUUUCAGGAAUAAACUGUCCACGCCGGCGCCCCCUCCGUAUGAGCUGCCCACGCUGUACAGGACGGAGGACUAUUUUCCUGUGGACGACCGGGAGGUGAAGCGUCAUGCCCCUUAGUGGCCCCUGGCGUCUGUGAGCCGUGUGCUUCUCCCACCAGGGACGUCGGGGGGAAAUUGUGUAUAUGGAGCAGCUUGGGGUUUUCUUUUUUUAUCGUUGCUGAUUCGUUUUUUAAAUUUCCUCCCUUGCUUCACUUGAGACCACAGGGUUUGGAGAAGCAGUUGGUACCCAUGUGUGGUGAGGCCUAGGAGAUGAGCUGGGAAGGCAUUUUGCACCAGCAUUUGGCUCGUGUCUGCCUGGUGUUUAAAAUGGGAGGAGACCAUCAGGUCUGACCGCUGUGGCUGACGGACAGGGGACCCGGUUUCCCUUGGUCUCUGAGGGCCUCCCAGUCCAUCAGUGCUGGGUCAAUUGCCUGCAGACCCCAGUGCCCACUGGUCCUGCAAAUCAUCUCAAUAAAGGUGUCAACACAUCACAUGUGGUCUGGGUGUCGGAACAAGGGGGGACAGCUGUCUCCUUUUGACUCUGUGUGAAUGUUUUCUGGGAGGACCCUCUCCCGAUCCUAUGAAUCUGCUUCCUGUAAGGCCCCUGGCCUGAAGGGAGGGAGCAGCUGUGGACUUUUUACUCCCAGCAAGAAUGCGGAGGUCAUUAGGAUUCUCCAGGGUGUUCAAAGGUAGGUUUACCUUCAUUUCUUCUCAUGCAAAGAUGACACUCUAGAUUCCUUAGACCUGUGAUGGCUAUUUCUGGUUUUUCUGGACUUCCUUUCAGAGCCAAGAAACACACACACACGACUGAUCUGCAGAACUACACUAGAAUUUCAGGGAAAUCUAAAAUAAUGAAUCAGGAAAGAUGGCAGUAGAAAAGCAAGGGAAAAGUUGAAGCCUGCCAGUCU